GAUCAGGAGUCGCUCUCUCGGAUCCUCGCCUGAAACUUGCGUGCGCGGCGCCGGCGGACACUCGGAGAUGAGCGCGAUGCCGGUCGGAGCCGGCGCUUUCUUCACGCGUGGAAAAUGAUUGCGGUCAUCGGCGAGCUUUCCAUGAUGGUGAGGAGAUGCCCCGUCACUUUCAAGCCGUUCAGGAUCUUUGUAGUGGGCGUCGGCUUCUUCAGCCUGUGUUUUCUAAUGACCUCUCUCGGGGGCCAGUUCUCGGCCAAGCGGCCCGGGGACUCCCCCUUCACAAUGCGAGCUGAAGUUCUUGGUGGUCAAGAGUCUCGUGGGGUGCUGAGGAAAAUCAGUGACAUGCUGGAGGUAAUCAUGAAGAGGAUGGACACUCUGUCCAAACUGGGCAACACCACUGACAUCCACAAACUUGAUGAGCUCAGCACAGCCUUGGACCGGAUUCAGCCCAUAGGACUGGUGGAGAGGAUCCAGGCCAUAGCCCAGAACAUGUCUGAAAUGGCAGUGAGGGUGGAGCAGAUCCUGCAACGGAGCAUGGCCGGUAACAGAGCAGUUAAGGACAGAUCCUUUGGACAGUGUGACAUUCCCAAGGAUCCCCGUUAUCCAGACUGCUCCAGCAAGAUGGAUUGGAUGCGUGUUCGCUGGACCUCGGACCCUUGCUACGCCUUUUAUGGCGUUGACGGCUCCGAUUGCUCCUUUCUCAUCUACCUGAGCGAAGUGGAAUGGUUCUGCCCCCCGCUGAGCUGGAGGAACCAGACCGCUACACCCACCCUGAAGCCUCCCCCCAAGAAACAGGCUACUUUCCAGUCUGAUAUUGGGACUCUCCUGGAGCAGGUGGGCACCGGGAAGGAGUCUCUCAGCUUCAUGAAGAGGCGCAUACGCAGGCUGGCGGCACAGUGGGCCGCCGCUGCUCGAAGGCUGGAUGACAAGCUCCGCAACCACUGGAAGGAGCAAAAAAGGAUUCUGGUCCAUGUCGGCUUUCUGACAGAGGAGUCUGGGGAUGUUUUCAGUCCCAAGGUGCUGAAAGGAGGUCCUCUGGGUGAGAUGGUGCAAUGGGCAGACAUCCUAACGUCUCUCCAUGUGCUCGGCCACAACGUAAAGAUCUCAGUUUCUCUCAAGGAGCUGCACGGCUUUUUGGGGGUCCCCCCAGGAAGAGGAAGCUGCCCCCUGACAGGGCCGCUGCCCUUCGAUCUCAUCUACACCGACUACCACGGACUGCAGCAAAUGAAGCAGCACAUGGGUCUGUCUUUGAAGAAGCACAAGUGCCACAUCCGAGUGAUCGACACCUUUGGCACAGAGCCGGCGUACAACCACGAGGAGUACGCCACGCUUCACGGCUACAGAACCAACUGGGGCUACUGGAACCUGCACGGCCAGCAGUACAUGACCAUGUUCCCCCACACUCCAGACAACUCCUUUAUGGGCUUCGUGGCAGAGGAGCUGAAUGACACGGAGAGGAUGUACAUUCAGAGGAACAAGGUCAACAACAUGGCUGUUGUGUAUGGCAAAGAUGCCAGCAUGUGGAAGGCAAGUGUGGAUAAGGAGAAGUUCCUGGCUAUCCUGCAUCGCUACAUGGAGAUACAUGGGACAGUGUACUAUGAGACCCAGCGCCCACCAGAGGUGCCUGCUUUUGUGAAGAACCAUGGCCUUCUGCCUCAGCAGGAGCUGCAGCAGCUCCUCAGGAAAGCUAAGCUCUUCAUUGGAUUCGGCUUUCCAUAUGAAGGACCCGCCCCUUUGGAGGCAAUAGCCAACGGGUGCAUUUUUCUGCAACCUAAGUUUAACCCUCCCCACAGCUCUCUCAAUCACGAGUUCUUUAGAGGGAAGCCCACCUCCAGAAAGGUGUCCUCUCAGCAUCCCUAUGCAGAGCAGUAUAUUGGCAGGCCACAUGUCAUCACCAUCGACUUCAAUAACUCUGAAGAGUUUGAUGCAACCAUCCGUGAGAUCAUGAAGAUCAAUGUGGAGCCCUUCUUGCCCUUCGAGUACAGCUGUGAGGGAAUGCUCGAGAGGGUUCACGCCUACAUUCAGAACCAGGAUUUUUGUUCUCCCGAGGAUCCAUUUCCUCCUGUAAACUCCUCUCAGGCUUUCCUGCAAAGCCUGUUUACGCCUCUGCCCGACUCCAAAAUCCUAACAUGGUCGUCCAACGCCAGCUUCUUCUCAUCAUGGCCGCCUCUCCCUGCCCUGCGACUUUUGGCGUCACUGCAGGGCCAAUCGUGUGUGGAGGCGUGUCAGACUGAAGGGCUCAUCUGUGAACCCGCCUUCUUUCGUUUCAUCAACAUUAAGGAGGCCUUUAACACGCUGGAGUUCCAGUGUGAAGGAUUAGAGUCAGAAAUGAACCACAUCCUCCCUGCCUUCUCGGUAGAGCAUGCCGAGUGCGGUCUGCAGCAGGACCCGCUGCUGUUCAGCUGUGCUGGCUCCAGCCCUAAAUACCAGCGUCUCUGCCCCUGCAGGGACUACCGUGAUGGACAGGUGGCACUGUGCAGAGACUGUUUAUGACCACACCAGGGUCUGGUGGGAGGAGGCUUUUUUUAUCUGUUGUAAAAAUCUCAAAAUAUCCUGAUGGACUCCCUUUGCAAAGGUAACUUUGUGGUUUAAAAAAUACCAACAAACAAAGCUGUAACUCAUAAACGAUGACUGUGCUAACUUACCUCUGAUCAAGGACUGGCUGCUAAAGAAGGUAAAGUGUUAAUAACUUCUCAGGGAAAUGCAUGAUUGUACUUUGAGUCUGAUGUGUUGAAGCCUCAGUUUACAUUUUCACAUGGUUGCAGUAAGACAACUAUAACAAAAUAAUGUGCAAUUUGAUGGACAAAGUCCAAAAAUCACAUGCAAUUAAGCAUACAUUUAUUUCAAUUGCUAGAUGCCUGAAUUUCUCAAGUGUUUUUAGUCAAUGUUGUGUGCAUAUUUACAGUAUCAUAGUGAAGUUUGGAUAUUUGUACCAGAUGCACCCAAAGCCAUUUACACCAUGUUCAGAUGUACUAUUUUAUAUGUCCUGUGAUAAAUAUAUUUGUACAUAAAUGUUCUAUAAUAAAA